AUGAAUGCUAGUGUAGAAAAGAUGGACACUGCAACUGAAUAUUUGGCUGCCAUCAAAGAAGUUUUUAAGGUUUCCCAAAGUGCUGAGAAAGCGAAAUUGAUGAAUCAAAUCCUCUCAGCCAAGUUUGAUGGUAAUGGAAGUGUCAAGGAGCAUAUUCUGGAGAUAUCUUCCAUGGCACAAAAGUUAAAAGAUCUAGAUACCAACCUGGAUGAUGAUUUUCUAGUCUCUCUUACACUGAAAUCUCUCCCAGAGCAGUAUGAGACUUUGAAGACCACCUAUGCGACCUUAAGUGUAAAAUGGGCCAUGAAAGAAUUGAUCUCUAUUUGCGUACAAGAAGAGCAGAACAAGAAAAAUAAGAAGAAAAUUGAGAGUGCAAAUGUCACCACUUCUAAGGGUGGUGUUGGACCUUACAGGAACAAGAAGAGGUUUAGCAAGAAAGGCAGGUUUAGGCCAUAUGAUAGGUCUAACAGGGACAGAGCACCUUAG